AUGGGGAAUUACGAAAUUUCUUUAAUUUUGGUUAAUCAUUUUGUUCUUGCGGUUGCGAAGAUUAGAGCUUUAUCUCUCUAUGCGCGUGAGUUGGAUUCCACUGUUUUCAUCACUCAAUUUGGAGCAGUAGAAUACGAUCAUCAUCAUUGCAGUGUAGUCCUUACUGGAUCUAAAAUCCAAUGCAAAGCCGUAUCAAAGUCUCCUACAGAAGAAUACUUUGAUGUGCUUCAAAAAAAUGGUUUACCAUUUAUAAACUGGAAUGACAUCGUGGAGGAUGAGUUGGAUAAAGAAAAGAAGAUUUUGUAUCCGAAUGAUGAGAUCAAAGGGUUUGUCGAGAGGAUCAAAGUGAUGUUGGGAUCGAUGGAUGAGGGAGAGAUAACUGUAUCAGCUUACGACACAGCUUGGGUUGCACUCGUUCAAGAUAUCGACGGAAAUGGUCGCCCCGAGUUUCCGUCAAGUUUAGAGUGGAUCGUGGAAAAUCAACUACCUAAUGGAUCAUGGGGCGACCAUUUGAUCUUUUCGGCUCAUGACCGGAUCAUAAGUACAUUGGCAUGUGUUAUCGCGCUAACUUCUUGGAACGUUCAUCCCGGUAAAUGCCAAAAAGGACUGAAAUUUCUGAAUGACAAUAUAAGCAAACUUGAAGAGGAAAAUCCAGAACACAUGCCGAUCGGUUUUGAAGUAGCUUUCCCUUCGCUCAUUGACAUUGCAAGGAAACUAGACAUUCAAGUCCCCGAGGAUUCUCCCGCCUUGAAAGAAAUCUAUGCAAGACGAAACCUGAAGCUCACAAAGAUACCGAAGAGCUUAAUGCACAAAGUGCCAACAACUUUACUUCAUAGCUUGGAAGGAAUGCCAGAUUUGGAGUGGGAAAAGCUUCUAAAAUUGCAGUGCAAAGAUGGGUCAUUUCUGUUUUCUCCAUCAUCUACUGCUUUUGCACUCAUGCAAACAAAAGAUCAAAAGUGUCUGCAGUAUCUUACAGAUGCUGUCACCAAAUUCAAUGGUGGAGUUCCGAACGUGUACCCAGUGGAUCUUUUUGAGCAUAUUUGGGUCGUUGAUCGCCUUCAACGACUUGGGAUUUCGCGUUAUUUCGAUUCCGAGAUCAAGGAUUGCGUUGACUAUAUAUACCGGUAUUGGACGAAGGACGGAAUCUGUUGGGCGAAGAACUCUAACGUACAAGAUAUUGAUGACACCGCGAUGGGAUUUAGGGUUUUAAGAAUGCACGGCUAUAAAGUUACUACAGAUGUGUUUCGACAAUUCGAGAAAGAUGGUAAAUUUGUGUGCUUCCCUGGGCAAACAACUCAAGCGGUGACCGGAAUGUUCAAUUUAUUUAGGGCUUCGCAGGUGCUCUUCCCCGAUGAGAAAAUUCUCGAAGAUGCCAAGAAAUUUUCGUAUAACUAUUUGAAGGAGAAACAAUCGACAAACGAGCUUCUUGAUAAAUGGAUCAUCGCCAAGGACUUGCCAGGCGAGGUUGAAUACGCAUUAGAUGUCCCAUGGUAUGCGAGCUUACCUCGACUCGAAACAAGAUUUUACUUGGAGCAAUACGGAGGUGAAGACGACGUUUGGAUCGGGAAAACCCUAUACAGCGGGAGACAAUAG